AUAGCUGAACGGCAAGCGCUGAUUGGCGGAAAACUUUACUGACAAACACGACUCCAAGACAAAAAUGCACACUGGAGUUUGCAACUUGGCACAAGACACGAGAAAGUGGUGGAAAUUAAACCUGUAUUAAAGAAAGGAAAGGUGCCUCAGAGUUACCAGUUGCUGGACGGAGCCGCUAGGGGGCGAUGUCUGAAAACAGCAACAGUGCCAGUGGCAACAGCUGGACUCUUCUUACCCCAGGGGUAAAGGAGUCUGGAGCUGAGAAUGUGGGUCCGGUAGCUGAAGGUCAUAAGGUCGAGGGGCAGCUUUCUAAAGCACCUGAGCCCUCAUCGGAGGCCAACAGUGACCUGGAGAAGCACUCCUCUGAAGUAUCUGCUCACCAGCCAGAGACAGAGACAUCAUCACAGUUGCAGUCUGACCCAGCUCUCACCCAUGGGUCAGAGCAAGCUCAGGAAACUCAGGUAACGUCUCCAGAGACGAAUGAUGGUCGGGCCCAGCUGAAUGCAGCACAUGUCAAUGAAGACCCCAUCUCUGUCAGUGCCACUGUUGAGGAUGUCAGCUCCUGGACCCCUGACCAUGAGGAACGAGAGGCCCUUACAGGCCACUCGGAGAGCCCAGUUUCUCCUGGCACUGAUGUUGAUUCAUUCUCUGACUCAUAUACUCACAUAGGUCCUACCUCUGGAUCAAGUCCACUUCCUGCUUCAGUUUGUCAGGAAAGAGAGUCUCUGAGGAAAACUGAAGAGCCUAAAGGAGUGUUGGAAACAAACAGGAAGGAGGGGGAUGGUUUACGAAAGAGAAAAAUCUCCCACCUGGGCUCUUUGGACAAGACCGAGGCAGAGGAUGAUGAAGAGGGAGAGGAGGAAGACUUUCAGCUCCCUCAAAGAGAAGAGGAAACCGUCUUUUCCUUGAAUAAGUGCAUCCUUGCAUCUGUCAUUCUUCUAGGACUAGGAACCAUUUUUUUCUCGGGUGUUCUCAUGGACCUGGAUGAUGAAGCAGACAUGGAUGUUAAAGAGCUGAAGGAUCCAACAAAUCAGGAGUGGCUGAACCCUGAAGUCUCCAGAGACACGCCUGUUGAUCUUCAGCCUCCAGAUAUUUUAAGCAAACAGGCAAAGGAAGAUCAGCAAAUAUUGGUACUACAGGCACAACUUCAGCAACAUCAAGGUGAACUGAAAGCAGCGCAGCUUCAGGCAGAGGAUGGAGAGAAAGAGCGUGUGAGGAGAGAAGAGCUGGAGGAGGAGUACCAGAGGAUAAAAGGAGAACUAGACAGGCUACCUGCUCUUCAGAAGGAGCUGGAGCAAGAGAACAAGAGAAUGAAAGAAGAAAAUGUGAGAGCAAAGAAAGAGCUGGAGGCCCUGCCAUCACUGCAGAGUGAACUGGAGCAUCUGAGAGCAAAAGUUUCACAGCUCACACAGAGCACAGAAAGAGCAGAACCUGUGCAUCUCGUUGCAGCCUCUCGAGUUCCCCCUGCUGGAAACAAAAGAGAUGUACUGCCCAUAGACAGACAAGACAAGAAGUACAGGAAGACUUGGGACAAAAAGAGUGUGGAGAAAGAACAAAGCAAUGGAGACAAAGAAAGGAAAAAGAAAAGUGGAAAAAAGGAAGAUGACAAAGAAAGGAGCAAGAGAGGCACUGAGGGAGAACAUACUAAGGAACAGAAAGACUGGAAAAAAGAUAAAAGCCACCAGGAAGAAGGUAAAGCUGGGAAGAGAAAAGAGUGGAUGAAGGACAAAAAACGAGGUGAUGGUAAAAUAGGGAAAGAAGGUGAAGACAAGAAAAAUUUUAAAGAGUGGGAGGAGAAAAAAGAAUGGAAGGAAGAUAAAAAGGGGAAGAAAGACAAACAUGUAGGACAGGAUGAGAGGAGGGGAGACAAAAAAGACUGGAAGGAUACUGGGAAAAAGAAAGGGAAAGAGGAAAAGGAAUGGAAACCCAAAGGGGAAUGGAAAGAGGACAAAGACUGGAAAAGCGAUAAACAGAGUGUGAAUGAUCAUAAAGAAUGGAAAGAUGAAUGGAAAGGUGAAAAGGAGUGGAGAAAGGAAAAGAGUGAGGGAAAACACAAUGAUAAAACGGAGAAAAAACGGAAAGGAGAGAGAGAGUUUCCCAAAGAGGAUGGUGGAAAAGAUAAGGAAAAGCAUUGGAGGGAGAAAGAAAGGGAGUCAAAAGAUGAAGAGUGGAAAAAAGAGGGAAUAAAGGAGGAGAAAAAAACCAAGGCAUUCUACCAUCAAAAUGAGGGGAAAAAGAGUCCUAGUGAAAAGGAGAAACAGCGGAAGGAGAAACCAGACGAGACAACCUCCCAUCACCACUCCGAGCAUGAGAACUACUGGAGCAAGCAGAGAGAGCGGAUCCAGCACUAUAACGGGCAGCGGGACACGUGCAGCGGCGUGGCAGACUGCGCUCGAGUCGAGGGACUCGCUCCUGUCGGCCUGCGGGACUUCCAAACACUUCUCCAAUCCUACAUGAACAAGCUCCCGGAUCCCCAGGACCAGACCUCCAGGGAAGAAGAGCUCCAUAAGCUGGUGAAGGAGUUCUUCACGGAUGGAGUGUUCGCUCAUGAUCAGAUUCCGUUCAGUGAGUUCGUGGACGACGUGGGGGACAUUCUAGAAGACCUGGCGGAAGGUGAAGAGAGCGACAGCGAGGGAGAGGAGAGCGAUGAAGAUGAUGACGAUGAGAUGGAGGAAUUUGAAAGGGAGGCGAUGGAGAAAUUUGCACUUCCAGAGGAAUUGAGGAAGGGAGAGCAGAAGAAAGAGAGCGGAAGAGUGAAAGGUUGAAGGUUCUUUAAGGUGAUUUGGAGGUUUCAAAAAAAGGUACAUCUGGAAACUAUCAGGCCUGAUUUCCUGCUUAAUCGUGUGGAGUGUCAUUUCUAAAGAGCAUAUUCAUUUUGAUCAGUUAGGCUUUGCCUUUUCUUUUAAUAGAUAAAGCAAUACUGUAAUACCUUCUUCACAACAUGACAGCUGUUUCUGCUCACUUUUCAUUUUUUUUACCUUUAUUUGAACAUGUACAUAAUAUGCCCAUUUGACCAUUCAAUAAAGACUCUUGAGUCGCCUGCUCAGUCAUCUAAAGAUCUGGGGCUGGAUUCACGAAACUUUCUUAAUAAAACUCCUAGCUUUUAUUUUCUCCUUAUUUUCUGUUUUAAGGUAUGUUAAGAAUAUUGUGUCUUACCAACAAG